UAGGAAUAAAAAUAAAAUAAUGAACAACCGAUGCAGUAGUCGGUCGAUUGCCUAGCCUCCAAAAUCCGACCUCCAAUUUCAACUGGGAUUUGAGUUGUUUCUGUCGCUCGUAUGGAGUCUCUGGUAGCCAACUACGCCUCUUCAGACGAAGAAGGAGAAGAUCAACCACAACAAGAAGAGCCAAAAUCUACAGCUUUUCCCUCCAAACCAACCUCUGGACCCUCCAAGACCUCGUUUAUUUUCUCCGCUCUUCCCCAACCCAAAUCUUCCCCCCUCUUCCAAUCCCUCCCCCAACCCAAAUCCAAAGAAACCCCAUCGCUCCCCAUCCCUCUCUCUCAGCCCAAAUCCCAAAACCCACGCCAACCCAUUUCAAAUCCCUCAUCCUCAGACCCCAAGGCCAAAAGGGUUGUCCUAUUCAAGCCUCCUAUAGCUCCCUCUUCGAUAAAAUCUACUGACCUCGACGACGAUGAUAAUGAAGACGAAGAAAAAGAACGAAGCCGGCAAAAGGAAUCGAAGUCCACGGUGGCGCAAACCCCGUCAGUGAAGGCGUUCUUGUCGAGCAUUCUUCCGGCUGCCAAGAACUCUGCCACGUUGGGCGUUCUUCCGAGCUCCGGUACCGGGCGAAGAGCCAUUGUGGAAACGGAUGCACUCACUUCGAGUUCCGGCGGGUCUCGAGCGGAGGAAGAAUCGGGUAUUGAUGAAAAUUUAGGGAACUAUAGCUUAAACUAUGAAGGUUGUGCGAAUUCUGAUUCGGGCAUCGAUCAGAAUGUAGGGAAUUAUAAUGUGAACUAUGAUACUUAUUCGAAUUAUCAAUCGGGUGUUGAUCAAAAUGUGAAUGUGGAUGGUCAAUCACAAUAUGUUACGAGUGAUGGAGAUGGUUUGAACCAUGGAGAUUAUUUGAGUUAUGGUAAUUAUGGUGAUUAUGGGCAGCAUGGGAGUAAUUGGGCUGAUGGGUCGGUGCCGGAGAUGUCAGGGACAGGUGAAAGUAGGGUUAGAGUGCCUGGGAAGAGAGGGAGAAAUGAGGUUCCCGUGGAAGUUGUUGAGGUGAAGCAGGAUGAGUUGAUGAAGAAUCGGCCUAGGGAGGACCAGGUCAAGUUAACCGGAAUAGCUUUUGGGCCUUCUUACCAGGCCGUUUCAACAAAGGGAAAGCCUUCAAAGCUCCACAAGAGGAAGCAUCAGAUUGGCUCUUUAUACUUUGAUAUGAGGCAGAAAGAGACGGAACUUGCAGAACGGCGUGCAAAAGGGUUCCUCACAAAAGCUGAAACACAAGCCAAGUACGGAUGGUGAUGUCUUUUUCUUUUGUAUUUUAUCACUCUACUUCAGAACAGCAGAUAUGACAAGAAACAAUUCUCUCACUAUAUGUACUUUUACUGUGCCUUUUCUUUUCUUUUUUUAAAAAAGAAAUUAUCUGUUUCUUGAGAA